AUGAUCAUCCCCAUCCGAUGCUUUUCCUGCGGCAAGGUCGUUGGUGACCUCUGGGACCGCUUUGUUGCCCUGAUUGAGGAGGGUCUGAGCGACGGUGACGCUAUGGACCAGCUCAAGCUCAACCGUUACUGCUGCCGUCGCAUGGUCAUGACCCACGUUGACCUGAUCGAGAAGCUCCUCAAGUACAACAAUGCCGAGCGCGAGAUCCAGCGCAUGCGCGCGGCGGGCGCCUAG